UCGCUCUACAAGCAACGAAGGCCAAGGAACGCUGUUGCUCAGCCCUCAUUUUAGUACUCCAAGCGUUCGGCACGGAAUCGUCCUCGACAUCCGUAGUGGCGUGAAACAUGGCGGACAGGAACAGAGACCAUGACGACUCCCAGGGCUCGCUGGACCCAGAGCUGCUCUACACCAAGGAAUAUUGCAUUGGUGGAGGCAGUUUCGGCAAGGUCUACAAGGGGGUCGACAAGCGGACCGGGCACGCCGUAGCGAUCAAGAUAAUCGACAUCGAGAACGCCGAGGACGAGGUUGAGGACAUCAUCCAGGAGAUUGCUAUCCUCUCCGAGCUCCAGUCGCCGUUCGUCACGAAAUACUACGGCUCGUAUGCCAAGGGCGCGGAGCUAUGGAUCGUCAUGGAGUUCUGCUCCGGCGGCAGCUGCGCCGACCUCAUGAAGCCGGGACUCAUUGGGGAGGAUUACAUCGCCAUCAUUGUGCGCGAGCUGCUGCUGGGGUUGGACUACUUGCACUCGGACAAGAAGCUACACCGGGACGUCAAAGCUGCGAAUGUCCUCCUCUCCGCCAACGGCCAGGUCAAGCUUGCGGACUUUGGCGUUUCGGGCCAGCUGUCCGCCACCAUGACGAAGAAAAACACCUUCGUGGGCACGCCCUUCUGGAUGGCCCCCGAGGUGAUCAAGCAGAGCGGCUACGACCACAAGGCGGACAUCUGGUCACUCGGCAUCACGGCCCUGGAGCUCGCCAACGGCGAGCCGCCCUACGCCGACAUCCACCCGAUGAAGGUGCUGUUCCUCAUCCCCAAGAACCCGCCGCCCCGGCUGGAGGGCAACUUCACCAAGGCCUUCAAGGACUUUGUCGAGCUGUGCCUGCAGCGCGACCCGAGGGAGCGGCCGGCCGCGCGGGACCUGCUCAAGCACACCUUCAUCCGCCGCGCCAAGAAGACCACGUACCUUACGGAGCUGAUCGAGCGGCACAGCCGCUGGAGCGCGACGCACAAGAGCGACGACGACGACGACAACUUCGACGGGGGCGAGGGCCACGACGACGAGAACGCCAAGGCCGUCAACGAGGACAUGUGGGACUUUGGCACCGUGCGCCUCGUCGGCGACCGCGGCGGCUUCGUGCACAGGCCCGGCUUGCUCGGCGCCAUGGACGGGUCGGCGACCAACGCGCGCUCGGCCAGGACGCUGGAGAGCUCCGACGACUACGGCGAGCGGAGGAGGGAGGCCAGCCCGACGAAGCUCGCGGGCGAUGCGCGGGAUACCCUCAAGGCCUCGGGCGGGGCGCUGGGGACGUCGAGACAGGUGUCGCCGCAGAGAAAGCCCAUUGCCGCACCGUCGUUGGUGCCAUCGUCGCCCUGCAAGGCUACUCUGCCGUCGUCUCCGGCAAAGACAUUGCUCCGCGAGCCGGAGACCCCUCGGGCGUCGAUGACCAAGCAGUUGGCCCCUCUCCCGGUCAGCGCUGUGGGGAACUCGCCAGAUUAUGACCGCGUGUUGCAGGAGCAGCUCCAGAGAGACAUGGGCGUCAUGCACCUCGGCCCAGUCAUCCAGACGAGCCGCCCACAGCAGGCGACAAGGGGUGUACCACAGCAGCACGUGCCUCAGCAGGCAAGGCCGGGCUCGCAGGCGGGCCCGUUGACACUCCCGGAGAUUCCACCGUUCCGGGGAGGCCAGGUCACGCCGAACCCGAUGUUGCAGACCAGGACCUCGCAGCAGGCUCUCCAUCAGCAGCCAUCCCGGGAACAGCUCUUCCAGCCGCAAUAUCCCCAACAGCCCAGCAACCAACCCUUCGGGCCCACCAGCAAAAUGCCCCACCACCACCCCCUCCCAUCCAAGGAACUCCCCCGGCCGGACCCAUACUCCGCAUCACGACGCAACCCCUAUCCCGCCACCGAUCCCACCUCCCCAGCAGAAACUGCAGCAGCGGAAGAAGCAGCUCCGUCUCCCUCCCCCUCCCCAGCCGGCAACGGCACCACCACCACCGCCGCCCCUGGGCCUCUCUCCUUCCCCUCGCAGGCGCCGCCCAACCCGGACGGCGAGCUCGACGCGCUCAACGACGUCAUCUUCCCGGCGCUGGAGGAGGCGCUCAAGAGGAGGCAGAUCCGGCUGCAGCAGGCGCACCAUCACCACCACUCGCGGAGUACGGCUGGUGACCAGCAGCAGCAGCAGGAGACGGUGAUGACGCCCAGGCAGCAGCGGGCCGAGGCGGCGCACGAGAAGGUGCGGAAGCUGGUGUACAAGCUCGCGCACGUGUGCAAGGAGAUUGACCACUUUGACAAGGCGGAGCCGGUGGGGAUGGGGAGGGACGUCGGGACGUUUUUGGAGGGGUUGUUGGAGGAGAUUUUGGUCAGGGUUGAGCCUUUGGAUGAGGAGGAGGGGUAGGGGUGAGUGAGGGAGUGGUUGCUGUGCCCUUGUUCGGGUGGGACGGCGGCAGGGAACGAGUCAAUGAAUGAAUGACGGCUGGGGGGGAUGGAUCGCGUUGUGGUAGGUAGAUUUUGCGACUGGUUAUGGCUGCGAUGCCUGGCGUUGGGGAUGGUUUUGUCGAUGGCUCUGUCCUGGCCGGAUGGCCGGAUGAAGGGGCUGUUAUCGCGAGGGGAUCGUGCUGUGUGGUCGUGGCGUUGGGUUCCGACGCCGGCGGACAUGCGAUGGCGGUUGAACGACCUGUCUGUCCUGUUUCUGGCUUUUUGUCGUGUCACCGCUGGAUGCUUCGGGUCGACCUAGAUGGUCGCUUUGCUAUGCCCGAAGGAUGCCU